AUGACACAAAAACGGGACGUCAACUCUCGCAAAGGGACACUGAGUUCGCAUUUUCUUUGGUCAGGCGAUGAUUGGCGCUCAUGGAAGAGUCACAUCGAAGAAGUCGCCAAGCGAUCUGACAUAUGGCAGUAUUGCAACCCAGCAACGGAGAGAGCAGAUCUGCCAUGCCUGAAAGAGCCAGAAGAGCCGACGAUUCGAUCCGUUCGAUCUCUAGCAGAAUCCCUGGUCGAUCUUGAUUUAUCCGAUUUCACCAAUCUCCAUUCUCUUGCUUCGAAGUACAAGGCCGAGCUGGCUACCUAUCAACAGAAGAAACAAGCCCUUGAAGAUCUCUCAAAUGAGAUAUUGGAAACAAUCUCCAGCGAAUACAGAUCUCUCGUGCAGGAUGUACACGGCCAGCCUUAUGAGCAGUUGAAGAUUCUCUCGGGCAUCUUUGAUCAUCCACCACGCGCGACACUCAAAAAGCUGCAAGCCGAUUGGAGCGCACUUCAAAACCUUGGAGCUUUACCUGAUGUGCAGAACUAUAUUCAACUCUGGCAGAGUCUCUACCAGCAGUGUGUUGACUGGAACUUGGUUUUGCCUCAAGGUCGGGAGAAUAGCUUCCUCCGAGAGAGAGCAUUUUUUGAAUCCUUGGUACCUCCAGAUGAGCAGACCGAGGCGUAUCGGAAAAUCCUCACUUUUCAGCCCUGGUUCGACAGUACUCUUUUCUCAUCGUACCUCGACGAAGGCAAGAACCAAGGGGGCAAGGCUAAAUGA